AUGGCCAAAAUCAUUAACCAACCUCCUUUUAUUAGAGCAGAUGCGCUUGAUGAUAGCCGUCUUGAAGAUUCUCGCGAUCAAGUCCUCAAUGCAGAUUUUCCAGCCUCACCGCAUACCCCGCAGUGUCAGCUCGGCAGCAUUGAGUAUAUUCCAGGAGAACCAGCAGUACCCUUAGCUGAGCUUGAAGACUUUUUGCAAAGGGAAGUUGCUACACUGAUUUUGGAUGAGCUUUACAACGUGCUGCAUAUAUUCGCAAGAAAGCUUGGCAGCAAUAUUGAUGCGCUUCAUGCGCAAAACUUCAAGGGCAGAAGAAUUGUACCGGUUGAGAAUCCCCGGUUUCAUCUCAUACGGCAGGAGAAGAACUUUUUCAUAAAACCAAUACCAGUUUGCUUACUCAACUAUGACUUUUGGACGCAAUAUCUGGCAUCGGAUUUGCACACUUCAAGAUCGGAUUCCUAUCGGGCAAUGGCUCUGGGAUUUCUGAGAUCAUAUUCUCAUCUUAUUCUACAUCAAUCAGAUCUUCGAAUCGCAAAAGAGCACGGUCUCAUCCCGGAGGAUAUCACCUGGGCUGGGUGGUCCAAGUUCAUUCGUGGGUUUCGCCUUCUUAACAAUGAAGACGUAGCAAGACGGUACCACUAUGGCCAAAUUCGCCUUACGCGCUUGAAUUGGGCGAUCUUCAUCUUUCGGCCCAAGAGCGCAGGCAGCAGGUUACGAUUUUACCACGAGUCUCCAAGGUCGGCAUUGGCGUUCAUUCAGCAUGCCGCGGUACCGCUGGCCUUCAUAUUUGCUAGUGUGUCUCUCAUUCUAUCUUCGAUGCAAGUGAUGCUCACUGUGCCCGAUGAUUCGCUGCUAUUUGGGGGAAUUGCUUUAUCCUCUGCGUUACUAGUCUUUAUUCCUGUUAUCAUUUUUAUAUAUCAGAUAUCUUGGGGUAUCUUGAAGUAUCGAGGGAAGUAG